GGCCGGGUGACAGCACACUUCUUCCCGCGAGACUCGCUGUCGUCCUCCCAGGCGACAACCAACCCUGCCGCCGUUUGACGGUCAUCGUCAUCGCGAGUCGUCAAAGCUGCGGCUGGCUGGCGACCUUAUGUCAGCAACCCGCCCAAUCAGCACACCGCAAGCCGGCCACCACUUUUCUCCGCGCUCGUCCAAACCGCAAAACCGUCGAACGUCCGAGAAAAGGGCUCGCGAAGCUGCAUGGAGUGCAGCUUAACCGCCUCCUCUCUGGACAGUUAGCUGGCUCCCAGAGCUCGGCAGCUCCAGCCCAGAUCCAAAGAGAUUGGCCUGAAAGCUGGUACCGUCAGACUGGCUGUGUUUCAUUGUUUUUGCCCCCCACGCCAGUCAACAUUAGCUACUCCGUACACCUGAAGCUGCACACUGUGACUGUUAUAGACCCGCAGCCAGUGCGCCAUUUUGCCGCAUCAUUCUAUUUCUCCCCCUCCAUUACAUCUCGAUAGCUACUGCAAGGCCCGGGUUUCCCCUGGCCCCUUCUGGACCCGUCUGUUUUCCCCAGUUUACUGUACAGCUCCUUGCUCCACUGCUGUUGAUCUUAAAGAGAUCGUGUGGCCUUUGAGCCCCAGCGCUCCCGCCCCCCGAUCCUCCACGUCAGACGUUAAAGUAAAAUUCGUUUUUUUGCUUACCGGGGAGAACCAAUUCGGCUGGAAAGAGAAGGGCACCACGGGUUCCCCCGUCGCCGCCAUGGCAGCGGCUAGGGAGGAAGAGUCGCUCCCAGAAUGGGACUGCAACGAGCUCGACAGGCAGAUGGGCCAGCUCUUUGUCAUGGGCUUUGAUGGAACUAGCGUCGAUCCCCAGAUCCGGUCACUUAUCGAGGACUAUCGGCUUGGUUCGAUCAUUCUGACUGCCAAGAAUCUUAAAUCGGCAGAAGAAACCACAAAGCUCGUGUUAGAGCUUCAGACUAUUGCCCGGGAUGCUGGUCACCCUGCUCCACUCAUGAUUGGCCUCGAUCAGGAGAAUGGAGGCGUCAACAGUCUUUUCGAUGAGAUCUAUAUCCGCCAAUUUCCGAGCGCUAUGGGAAUCGCGGCUACUGGAUCGAAGUCUCUAGCAAGGGAAGUUGCGAAAGCCACUGCUCAAGAGCUCAGUGCUGUCGGAGUCAAUUGGAUCCUUGGUCCGGUCCUGGAUGUCUUGAACAACGCAAGAAGUCAGCCUUUGGGAGUCAGAAGUAUUGGGGAUGAUGCUCAAGAGGUAUCAGCCUACGGUGUUGAGUUCAUGAAGGGCUAUCAGGAAGCGGGCUUGGUUACUUGUGGGAAGCACUUUCCAUCUUAUGGAAACCUUGAAGUGCUAGGAAACCAAACGGACGUCCCUGUUAUCACAGACACGCUUGAGCAGCUCAGCAUGAGUGCCCUUGUCCCUUUUCGAAACGCAAUUGCACAGGGGAUUGAUUCUAUGAUGGUUGGUGGUUGCGCGAUGUCAUCGGCUGGUGUGAACGUGAUGCACGCUUGCUUGUCCGAGCAAGUUGUCGAUGACUUGCUUCGGAAGGACCUCAACUUCAACGGCGUCGUGGUCUCUGAAUGCCUGGAAAUGGAAGCGCUCAGUUUCAACAUUGGAGUAGGAGGAGGAACGGUAAUGGCGAUGAAAGCUGGCUGCGACUUGAUACUCCUUUGCCGGUCAUUCUCAGUUCAGCAAGAAGCAAUCAAUGGCUUGAGACUUGGGGUUGAGAACGGUAUCAUCAAUAAAGAACGGAUCAGGCAAUCAGUGCAGAGAGUUCUUGACAUGAAAGCCCGCUGUACAUCGUGGGAGAAGGCAUUAAACCCUGCCGGCAUCAGUCUUCUCUCCCAAAUGCAACCAUCCCACACCAGUCUAUCCACCAGGGCCUAUAAUAGCUCCAUUACCAUCGUCAGAGACAAAAACAACCUCCUUCCACUCACCAGCGUCCUGGAACCCGACGAAGAGCUUCUCCUUCUCACACCUUUAGUCAAACCUCUGCCCGCAUCUGCUGUGUCCCUCUCAAUCACUGAAAGUAGCAGAGAAACGGUUCUUUCCACAGAUACAGUCUCCUGGGAGCGCAGUGCGUCUGUCAUGAGCGGGGAGAGCGUUUUUCGCGAAUUUGGGCGCUCGCUAGCUCGACAUAGAAACGGUCGCGUUCUCCAUACAUCAUAUACCGCCAAUGGAGUUCGCCCAGUCCACGAAAAUCUUAUUAAUCGCGCAAGCGGUGUCAUCGUUGUCACCGCUGACUCGAACCGAAACCUCUAUCAGUAUGGCUUCACAAAACAUGUUGCCAUGAUAUGCAAUGCACAGUUUGCAGCAAAUGGAGAUAGGCGUUCCAAACCACUUGUGGUAGUGGCAGUGAGCUCACCUUAUGACUUUGCCACAGAUCAGUCCAUUGGAACAUAUGUGUGCACAUACGAUUUUACAGAAACAGCUCUUCAGGCGUUGGUCAAGGUUUUAUACGGAGAUUUGACGGCUACCGGCGUUCUUCCCGGCACCUUGAGCCGCAGCCAGAAGCUUCACCAGUCAAGGCAGCAUUGGCUUGUAGAAAAUUGGAAUGAGGAUCGCGAUGCGAACGCAUUGGACGAACUGCUCACCGCUAUCCGCGAAGACAGCACGCACAACCAACGAUCGGCUCUUGCAGGUGUUACAUCCAAUACAUUCUUGUUACGAAAUUCUGAUGUUGAAGAGGCGCAUUUUGUUGUCAGGAAUAGCAGCACUCAGGCGCUGUAUGGGUUCUGCUCGACAUACUUCUUCAAGUCCACUGGGACUGCUGUAAUUGGCGCCCUGAUCGUCGAUCCGGGGAGGCGAAAGCUGUCGAUUGGAAACUCUUUACACAAUCGUGCAAUUCGAUCAUUGAUGCAGAGACAAGGCGUGAGGCGAUUCCAGUUGGGCUCACGGCUCCCAGGGGUAUAUCUUGGUAUUCCGACAGGAAACCCAGUAGAGAGAAAACGUCUCCGUCAGUGGUUCGCCAGUCUGGGUUGGAAUACGUCUUUAUCCAGACCUGUUUGCACAAUGAUCCUCCCAAAUCUGGGGGAGUGGACGCCACCAGAAGGCCUUACUCGAACUUUGAAGAGUGCGGAAGUGAGUUACGAUCUGGUUUAUGGCCUGGACUAUGCAGAAGCAAUCCUCGAUCACGUUAAGACGAAUUCACGGCAGGGAGUUAUGGAGAUAUACAAAAUGGCGUUAAGUGGGUCUUCUGCGAAUGGAAUCAUUCGCGCUAAACGGAAUGGCGAUGACGCUAUCUUGGGGACUGUUGUUGUGUACACCAGUGAAUCGACGCUGGCCGAAUUCGUUCCCACAGUGAAGGAGGCGCGUCCUAUGGGUGGAGGAAUCUCCUCAGCGGUCAUCUCCCCUUCUGCCGGGGAGUAUUCGACCAUCGUUCAAGGCCUGAUUUUACUGGGAAUCAAGCAAUUACGUAGCCAGGGGGCCAGUGCGGUGGUUCUGGAUUGUGUGGAUGGGGACGGCAAUUUCGAUGGUCUGUCGGCCAUGGGGUUCUCUACGCUCCACAGCUUCGAGGAGGUGACCUGUGAUGCGGCCACCUGGAACAUGUUGACUUCGUCGUGAUAAUCGAUCAACCGCUACAGAAAUGCAUUUUUAUUUGCGAUCCAUUCGCUAGGGGGAGCAUUUACACGCCUGGCGUACAUAGGAAGCGGUGUAACGGUGGCUAAAGAUUAAUUUGAUGGGGUUUCUUUUUGGUUGGGGGCCAUCGCAUCGCAUCGUCUUGCUUCGACCCCAUUUUGUAAGUAUGUUUGUAUGUACAGUACAUACAUGCUUUGGAUAUCCAGUUUGCCUCUAGAAGACCGUCUGGACAUGACUACUUUUGUCAAAGAUUCGGGAAUUUUUUUUGACGAUUUUCUUUCUUUGUUUAUUAUUAUUAUUAUUAUUAAUUUUUUUUUAUUAUUUAUUAUUUAC